AUGGACACGACCGAGCAGAACGCCGCAGCCUCUACCGAUCCUGCUGCUGACCUCGACGCCUACCUCGACGCGAUGCGGCUCGACGACCCCUCCUCGCCGCGAAUGCAGCAGCACUAUCAGGCGCCGACAACGCUACGCCCGCCCCAGCACCAGCACCAGCCACCGCAGGUGGCCGUGCCGACCGCGAGAGCCGACGCACAGUUCGAGGCGGUGCGGCAGUACUGGCCUCAGCCGCAGCCGCGGAGGUACAGCGUGGGUGAGAGCUCCACGGGCGCCCGGUACGUCUCGCCCUUCGGCUCCUGCACCCCAAGCAGCUUCUACGCCUCGCACUACGGCGCGUACAGCCCGCGCUUCACUACCCCAGCAGAGCCUUUCCCGUCGGUAUCGCACUCGUCGUCAAUGCCGAGCUCCAGCUCCAGAUAUUGCCAGCCUACGCCCAGCGCUCCCUUCUGCCCCGCAUGGGAUCACAACGCCCGCCUCGACCCGUACGCGUCCGUCGCCAGCGCCAGACACUACGACCCCAUCGCCCCGUCCCACCCAUCGGUAUCGCACUCGUCAAUGCCGAGCUCCAGCACCAGACAUUGCCAGCCUACGCCCAGCGCUCCACAGCUCGGCGCUCCCUUCUGCCCCGCAUGGGAUCACAACGCCAGCCUCGACCGGCACGCCUCCACCCAUCUGAGCGCGGUGCGCCCUAACCAGGUGGACUACCGCUCGUGGAUUGACACGCCGGCGGUUCGCCGCCGCCCAACGAUGAACGAGGUCCGGUCGCGCCUGCUCCGCUGCCCGAUGGAACCUGCGCUUGCGAGGUCCCCGGAGACAGCGGAGCACGUGGUCCGCCUGCUUCAGGAGGGCCGCGAGGAGGUGCGCUUGAGCGUGCUCGCUGGGGUCAAGAGCGCCGUGCACAGCGUCAUGGGGAGCAACGUGGGGCACGCUGUGUUCCUCGCGCUGCUUCGCGCCUGCGAGGGGCGGCUCGACGAGCUCUACAGCAUCGUCCUGGCCGUGUGCAACGGCACGGGCUUUCUGAUGUACGUCAUGAAGUACGAUCACGGGGUGACAGCUCUAAAGGGGCUCAUCAUGGCGGUGGCGCCGGCGCCGAACCACCAACUUCGCUUACUCCUCAUCGUCUGGCUCCUCCGUGAACGCCUGAUGGAACAAAGCAAAGGCGCGGAGCUGCUUCACCAUUGCUUCACCACGUUGCCUUACGAUGGUUGCUUGAUUAUGAUCCAGUUCGCCAUCACCAACAUCGACGAAAUGUUCUUGUCGGAGUCUGGGUCAAGAUGCCUGGCACAAUGCUUCGCGAAUGCGAGAAACGACGAGCUCCAAGCUCUCGAACGCAUCAUCUUGAGCCGCACCAGCGAGAUCGCGAGGGGCCAAUACAGCAACUACUUCUUGCAGCGAGUCCUCGAGUGGGGCAGCGAUCUUUUCAAGGAGCUCGUCGCCAUACGCGUUGCGGAGGACGCCGUGAGCCUGUCCGCGGACCAGUUCGGGAGCUACGUGGUGGAGACCUGCUUCCUCCGUACGGGGUUGCUCGAGCCGGCGCAGCGCGUGCUCGCUGCGUUCCUUCGCCUGCGCAAUGACCAGCUCGCCGAGCUGGUGCAGGGCUGCUACUCCAACUAUGUCGUCCACAAGCUGCUCUCCGCCGGCAAGGACUACUUCCCGGAGCUGACUGUGGCGCUGGCGCGGCGGAUCGAGCGGCUGCCGGCGGCGGUCCAGCGCGAGAUGUACGCGCAGCGGGUGAUGCGGGUCGUCGAGAAACUGUUGUCCAGGAAGCCGCGCUAA